UAAACUCUACUGAUAUCCCGUGCUCGUGCCUUCCCUAUUAUUAUUCAUCUUUUACGAUUCCACGUCCUCAACCGAUCAUACCAUGCAGCCACUCACCGUACUUAAUCAGAUGCUUUGGGAGAGGGUGGAUCCUACGGCGAGAGAUUUUCUCUGGUCUGGCACCCUGUGUCCUCCAGCCAUCUCCCGCGUCGAUAUUACCUUGUUCUUUCUCUCCGCUUACCUACUUUCUUUUAUCGGAGCAAUGCCGCAAUCGCUUUUCUGGUUAGGCCUUGCAGGAGCCAACUUUGGGAGGAUAAGGGGAAGAAGACUGGAGGAUUGGCUGGCAGAGACAGCGGACGAGGAUCUGCUCGUCCAUGGGAGUGUAUAUACCAGCACUAUUGCUACUUGGGACUUUCCGGACAAAAUCGUAACGUGACCAUCGCGCUCAGCUGCACUCUGGGGUGGUUGGAACAAACCAAUCU